UUAUUUAGGCACAUUGAUUGCCCAUUUGUUUGUUUUAAUAAAAUUGGGUUAUUUAUAAACUUUAAAUACUGCCGAAGAAUGUCGGAGGUCCGCAUUCGCCCGCGCCAAGUCCUCAUCCUGAUAAUCGUCUUCCUGGUGGUGCUGAUGAUGGUACACCGGAAUGGGAAGCGCACCUGCCAAGGCCCAGAAUACCUGCAGGCCAUGUUUGUCCAGGCGGACACGUUACCUAUAAUUUACGCCGUAACUCCCACAUAUCCGCGUCCUGCCCAAAAAGCUGAGCUAACCAGGCUAUCACAUCUGUUUAUGCUGCUGCCUCACUUGCACUGGAUCAUUGUUGAGGAUACGAAUUCCACAACACCAUUGGUCACGAACCUUCUGGAAAGAUCUGGCCUUAUAAAGCGUUCCACCCAGCUAAACAUCAAGACCCCACCGGAGUUUAAGUUGAAGGGCAAGGAUCCCAACUGGAUAAAGCCACGCGGCGUUGAACAGAGAAAUCUGGCUUUGGCCUGGUUGAGAGGCCACGUCGACGUCGACCGGCAUUCCAUUGUGUUCUUCAUGGACGACGACAACUCCUAUUCAACGGAACUGUUCGAAGAGAUGAGCAAAAUUGAAAGGGGUCGCGUAGGCGUCUGGCCUGUAGGCUUGGUUGGAGGUCUGAUGGUGGAGCGACCCCUGCUCAACGAGGAUGGUAGCCACGUGACUGGAUUCAAUGCUGCAUGGCGACCGGAAAGACCAUUCCCCAUCGACAUGGCCGCCUUUGCCAUUAGCAUGGAUCUCUUUAUUCGGAAUCCGCAAGCCAUGUUCUCAUAUGAGGUGCAAAGGGGCUAUCAGGAGAGCGAGAUACUAAGGCAUCUGACCACCAGAGAUCAGCUGCAACCGCUGGCAAACGGAUGCAAGGAUGUCCUUGUUUGGCAUACCCGCACCGAGAAGACCAAACUAAAUGCUGAGGAGGCCCUCUUAAAGAAGGGCCAGCGAUCCGAUGGCGGUAUGGAGGUCUAACACCCGAGAUCCCACUGUUUAUACAUAUGUUUAUUUACCUAGCUAUUAUCCUAGUGAAUUUAUUUAAUGUGUUCGUCUCCUGAAACUAUCUGGGGUGUCACUGCGAUCCCCCUCUAAGAAGCAAUCGCUGCUUUCAGAGUUUCAUGUUCCCUCAUAGAACCUAAAGGCCCAGAAAUUUAAUUUUAUUAUCGGCAAAAAUACUUAGAAACUUUGAUUUUCCUAAAGAGUUUAUGUGCAUUUACAUCAUAAAAAAUUAAAAAGCACAAAAAAAAAUAUUUGAAUGGCACAGUUAAACAAAUAUAUUCUUAAAACACAAGAGAUUAUAAACCAUAUGUGAAUUAUGUGACACCCCUGAGUAUUAGCGAAAGUUUAAUUUAUAAAGUACUACUAAAUGUACAAUGCUCAAAUCAAAGUUGUAAUAUAUCUGUGUAAGAUAGUACCUAGUCUAUCUAAAUGGCGGUUGCCUAGAAACCCAAUAUAUGCUACGGCAUGUUAUUUACCUCAAUUUAGUUCCAUUUUGGUACCUCCUGUUUAAAGUCAUUUAACGAAUUUUCUGAUUUAUGUUAUAUCUGAACUAUAAGAAUGUUUUAAUAGAAAUUGAAAAUAUAUGCAGUAAGAAGUGCAUAAUGUAAGCUUCCCUUGUGUGCCUCCUGUUUAACGCCAAUAAAAACGAUAAUAACAAUGAUACCCUAA